GAAAGUCAGGUUGAAUUUGUUGUUGAAAAUGAAGCUUGUGUGACUGGUCAAGGAUUGACUCAAAAUGGUGGCAGCCCACUCAAUACCUCACCCAAUCACACCGAAGGCCAGGCUGCUCCAAUCGUACAGAAUGGGUGUGAAUCUGUUAGCACACCGGAGAAUUGUUCGUUGUCUAGCCCAAAGUCGCCUGUCUCGGUUCCAAGCACUCUUAUCAGCCCACUAAAUGUUCCAAACAGUCCGCAUGAGUUUGAAAAUUUCAGUACAUCAGAAGUUAAGAAGUGACUAAAAAGAUCGAAUUGAUUUUAUCUCAUUCAAAAUAAGUAACCAUUAUUUGAAUUCACACAUAGAAAUUCAAAGAAUUGGGAAUAACAUGUACAAAUUCACACAUAUAAAUUCAAAGAAUAACUUGAAAAUAAGGAAAAUACCUAGUAGACAGGUCGCGGUACUGUGUUGUCCGACCGUACCAGGACUUCAGCGCGGCGGUGGUGGCGUUGGACUUCCGCGCCGAUGGGACUUCAGCGCAGCGGUGGCAUUGGACUUUCAGGCGGUGGCGUACCUGGAAACCACCAGCGGGUUCAGCGCCUAUAACAGCCUCAAAGUGCAGCGGAAACCCUCGGUUCCUCGUUCAAUCUCUGGAUGGGUGCUGCGAAGUUGCGUCUGUCGCCGAAUUCCUGGUUCAAUCUAGUAAACAUAUGGAUUCUUCGUGAAAGAUAUUUACAAUAGGGAGAAAUUGUUUAGACAAGCUAUUUGGCAACUUCUGAAUGGGUAAGUGCUGAACCAGUAAGAGAUCUGAAUCAUUAAGUGCUGAACCAGUAAGAGGUCUGAACCAUUAAGAGCUAGUAUAUUGCUUAACUAUUCAGAGGCAAAUGUCUGAUCAAUUCAGAUAACAGCUCUUAACCAUUCAGACUCUGUAUAAUACUUAAUCAUUCAGAGGCAAAUCUCUUAACCAUUCAGACAUCUGAACCAUUAAGAGGCUGAAACAAAGAGUCUAAACCAUU